AUGAAGACCACCUCCAGCCUCGCCGUGCUCACCGCAGGCCUCGCCUGGGUCGCCGGCGCCGCGGCCCGCGAUGCACGCUACCAGUCCGCCCACUCAAACGGCACCGCGCCCGUCGACGUGCAGAGCCUCGACAGGCGCCACGAGGCCUUCCUCUUCCACCCGACGUCGCACACCAACGUCACCGAGAAUAUCCGACAGAAGCGCGGCACCUGCCCCGCCUCGCAGCUCAACCGCCGCCACCGCAGCACGGCCAAGAGGGUCAAGCGCCAGGCAGGCGCCGGCAAGGUCAACGCCGCCUACUUCACCAACUGGGGCGUCUACGAGCGCAAGUACUUCCCCAACGACAUCCCCGUCCAGCAGCUCACCCACGUCAACUACGCAUUUGCGACCAUCGAACCGUCGACGGGCAAGGCGGUCCUGUCGGACUACUACGCCGACCAGGACAUGCGCUACCCGAAUGAUGCCUCGAGCAGCGGCGGCAGCGGCAAGAACCUCUACGGCGCCUUUAACCAGUUCCUGGCGCUCAAGAAGAGCAACCGCCACCUCAAGCUCGUCCUCUCUAUCGGCGGCUGGAGCUACAGCCCGCUCUUCGCGCCCAUGGCCACCGACUCGACCAAGCGCGCGGCCUUUGUGUCGAGCGCCGUCGACCUCGUCAGAAACUAUGGACUCGACGGCCUCGACAUAGACUGGGAGUUCCCCAACAGCGCCGCCGAGGCUGCCGCCUACGUGUCGCUGCUCAAGGAGCUGAGGGCCGGGCUGGAUGCCUACGCCGCUCGCGUGGGCCAUUCCAACCCCUACCUGCUCACCAUCGCCGCGCCCUGCGGGCCGGACAACUACGGCACCCUCGACAUGGCGGGCAUGGACAAGUAUCUAAGCUACUGGAACCUGAUGGGCUACGACUACUCGGGCGAGUGGUCCGACGCCGCCACCCACCAGGCCAACCUCCUCGGCGCCGCGCCCUCGGACUCUGACUGCAUCACGGCCUACCUGUCGCGCGGCGCCACGGCGAGCAAGGUGGUGCUCGGCAUGCCCAUCUACGGACGCGGCUUCGACAAGACCGACGGCCUCAACAAGCCCUUCACCGGCGUCGGCUACGGCACCUUUGGCGGCGGCGUCUACGACUACUACGCGCUGCCGGAAGCGGGAGCCACCGAGUUUUACGAUGCCAAGGCUGGGGCCGCCUGGUCGUACGACAGCGCCAAGCGCCGCCUCAUCAGCUACGACACUCCGGCCGUCGUCCAGCAGAAGGUCGACUACCUGCUCUCCAAGGGUCUGGCCGGCUCCAUGUUCUGGGAGCUGAGCGGCGACAAUGCCGGCGUCGCCAGCCGAUCGCUCGUCCUGGCCUCUGCCAACCGCCUCGGCGGCCUGGACCAGACGCCCAACCACAUCAGCUACCCGGAGAGCUCGUUUGACAACGUCCGAGGCAGCAACCCUCCUACGCCCCCGCCGACGACGACCACGAGCACCACGACCACGAGCACCUCGCGCCCCUCGAGCACUAGCACCACGUCUACUAGCACCUCGACGCAGCCUGGCCCCACCACGACGGCCGCGCCGAGCAGGCAGCCGAUCGGCUCCGACUGCUCUGGCAACAGCGACUGCCAGUCGUCGUCGUGCGUGUCCAACAAGUGCGUGCCCAGGCCCGGGCAGGGCUGGCUGGGCGGCUUCUGCAACCUGUCGUCGCAGUGCGGCACGAGCCAGCACUGCUUCAACAACAAGUGCCGCGACAAGAAGGACUACGGCGCAUCGUGCACCGUCGACGACACCUGCCGAUCCGGACGUUGCUCGCCCCUGCUCAGGCGCUGCAUCCCGCAGGCGGGCGCCAACGCGUGGGUGGGAGCCUUCUGCAGCAACAACAGCCAGUGCGCCACUGGCCUCUGCACCGACAACGCGUGCGCCGACAAGAGGCAGCCGGGCGACGACUGCAGCGCCGACGUCAACUGCCAGAGCAACCGGUGCGACCCGGCGGCCAAGAAGUGCGUGCCGCAGUCGGACGGCAGCGGUUGGAUCGGCUCCUUCUGCACGGCCAACGACCAGUGCUCCAACGGCCUGUGCUCCAGCAACGCCUGCUCGGCCAAGGUGCAGCUGGGCGAGGCCUGCGCCAACGACGAGGGCUGCGCCAGCGGCCGAUGCAGCCCGCAGCUCAAGCGCUGCAUCCCGCCCGCGGGCAGCUUCUCGGGCUACGUCGGUGUGUUCUGCACAAAUGACAGCCAGUGCGCCAACAGGCUCUGCCUCGACAACGCCUGCUCGGACAAGGCCCAGCUGGGCGGCGCGUGCACCGAGGAUACGGGCUGCGCGAGCGGACGGUGCAGCCCGCAGCUGAAGCGGUGCAUCCCGCAGGCCGGCAGCUUUUCGGGCUACGUGGGCGCCUUUUGCACCAACAACAGCCAGUGCGUCAACAACCUCUGCAACAUCGCCGAACACGCCUGCGCCGACAAGGUGCAGCUGGGCCAGGCGUGCACCGACAAUGUGCAGUGCCAGAGCAACCGGUGCAGCGUCGAUGCCCAGCGCUGCAUCCCCACAAAGGGCGCCGGCUGGAUUGGCGCCUUCUGCACCCGCUCCACCCAGUGCCAGAGCUCCAACUGCGCCGCCAACAAGUGCGUGUAG